CGAACUUCCUGCCACCUUCAUCCUCAACAUCACCUUACUUCGCCUUUCGCCCUCGAUCUUAGUCCCAACCUUUGGGGCCUACACAGUUGCUUGUUUCUUUAAGAUCUGACAUCAUCCAACCCUCAUCAUGGCUCCCAAGCCGAAGGGGAAGGCUCCAGUUACUACACCUCGCAAGCGACCAGUGGCCCAGAUGUCCAGCUCUCCCGAGUCGCAGGCGCCCGCCACGCCUGUUCCAUCUGUUGUCACCUCCUCCACAUCACGUUCUCGCACUAUCCGUCCGUAUCGUUCGCCUGAAGUUGAGGACGAAGCUGAGGAUCUCGAAGGCUCCGUCGUUCCUGAGUCUGAGGCUCCAAAGGAUGAGCGCACCGUGCUUGGGUGGAAGGUCGCUGCCCGCUGUGAGGUUCCUGAUUCUGCAGGACGCCUUCACGCUGGCUCCUGCCCGUGCUGCAUGAAGUGUGCGCACACGUAUUACAACUUCCCAGGCCAGAUGUGCUGGGUCCCUUCCGGCAUGGCCAAGUGUGCAGACUGCCUUCGGGGCAACCACGCGUGCGUUCCAGCUGCUGCCCAGCUUGGCGCCGAGUUGGAGGCCCUCCAGCUUGCGGCCGACGCUCUCCUGAACUGUUGGGCCGACGACGAAGAUGCUGGCCUUGCUGCUGAUUCUGAGGCUACUGUCCAGGCCAUCAGCGCCCUUCACGCUGCCCAGCGCGUAUACAGCAAUGCCACCAAGGCCAAUACCAUUACGUUGUCCCAUCCUUGCUUCCUUGUGCUUGCUUCCUGUGAUAUGCCUCGAUUAACGAUAGCCCUACAUCAUGUUUUGGCACCCAUUGGUCGUCUGCGGCUGUAUAACCAGCCCAUCUAA